AUGGCCGCUCGCCGAAGACGCCGACCAGCAGCUGCCACCUUCGCGCGGCUGGCAGCCUCCUCCCUUCUGCUCGGCCUGAACACCGUCGCUGCCGCCUCGGUGCCGCACGCGCUCACGGCGCGCGACAUCCCCGUUCCCCAACAAGCAAUCUACACCCUCCCCGUCAGCUCGCCCGUCGUGCGCUUCUCGCCCAGAAACCUCGGCACGCCGGACAUCGCGUGGAGCCUCACGUUCCCCGCGAGCCUGAACAGCAACAGCACGUCUGGCCCACUCGGUCUCGGAGAAGCGGCGUGCUCCACCUCGCUUGGGAACAGGAGCGCCAACAUCGACAUCCAGUUCGUCGGCACGGGCAUCAGCAUCAUCGGCGUCGGCGGGCCCAACGACAUUGUCGUGUGGGGAUGCGACACGUCGUCCUCGGCCGCGUCGACCAUGGGCCUCACCUCGACCAUGUUCGCGCCGCCCACCCUGGCCGGGGGGUCCGCCGUGCCCCCCUCCACGACGGCGACGCCCAUGGUCAUGACGAUGAACGGCAUACCCAUGACCAUGGCGUCCGUGGGCCCCAAUCUCGGAACGACAUCGCUGGGAGAACUCGCGUUCGCGCGCAAUCUCGCCUGGGGCCUGCACUCGUGUUCGCUGAGCGUCGUGUCGACCAGUCCCCAGAUCACGGUCCUCGAGGUGCUAAUUACGACCGGCGUGCAGGGCACCUCCAAGAACAGGGUCUUUGCCGUCGACGCAACCGGCAUGGCGUCCAGUAGUUUCAUGAGCGCAGACGGACAACCAUGGGAGGUUUACACGCCACAGCAGCAACCGGUGUCAGAGGACUGGUUGGCAUUCCAACCUCCUCAAGGCUACAAGGUCCUGCGCUCCAAGGUGAAAGGACAGUUUCUGCACUUCAAAAUCCCGGCUGGGACGACGUUUUUCGAGAUUUACGGCUCGAUCGGCUUUGGUUUCUCAGACUACACGCUCACCAUCUCGCCCGUGCCCCCAUUCAACCCGGGAGCCAGUUACACCGCCAACUCACCAUACUAUGCCCCAUGGCAGUUAUUGGGAUUCGCCGUGCUUGACCCCAAUGUAUCAGAUUACAUGAUCAUGAUUGAAGUCAGCUCGAAUGCCUGGAUCGAAAUCUACGGCGUUGAGUACAUGACCGACCACAGCACACCCUCCAACGGUACCAACAGUACCACGCACACCACCUCAAUCAGCGCACCUCAUGCUGCGUCGGUAGAGGCAGGCACCAUCCGCCUGCAUGCCGGCGAGCUCGCCGGAGUGAUCGUCGGUACCUUCGUCGGGGCUGUAGCGCUCUGCGUAGCUGUCGGUUGGUUCCUCUUCGGCCGGUACAAGAAGCAACCGCCGCCCGCCUCGCCGUUCAUGGUCGACACGCAACACGCACACUCUGACCCCAACCUUGUGCCGUACCACAACUCGCGCACGACGCUCGACCUCGGCACGACCAACGUGACCAACACGACGGGGCACACCAGCCUGCUGGGCAAUACGAGCGACCAAGCGCGGGACUCGAUGGUGACCCCGACUAUCGCGACGCUCGACACGCGCGCGCAGAGCAACGCCUCGGCGGUGGAUACGCGCCAGCAGCAGCAGCAGCAGCAGCAGCUGGUGGACGCGACGAGCGAGGCGACGAGCUCGCGCGACAGCACGGGCCACAAGAGCUGGGAGCAGCGCCGCUCGUCCUCGCUGCUCCACGUGCAGAAUGAGACGGGGUCGGGGUACGGCGCGGAGCUGAUCGUCCCCCGCGCCCGCAGGCCGCUGCCUGUCCCCGAGGUGCGCGUACGUUCCGGCAGCGCGGCGCCCCCGCCGCUGCCCAUCCCCAUCCAGGAGGUUGACUCGGGCGCGAAUGUCAUCCUCGAGUUUGGACGCCCACCGGUCGUCGAGCGCGUGCCCCCCGCUUACGACCCGUCCCGCCCGCGCGGGAACAACGCGCGCAACAGCCAGAGCACGUUGUAG